CGCGGAAAUCGGCGUCUCCAUUUGGCAUUUUUAUUUGUUUCUGUGCAGGAAAUGAGAAAGAAAAAUAAUUUCGUUGAUGAAGAGAAAAAUCCCUGUUUAAAAGAGUCGCAAUUAACUAUAAAGUGCUACGAGCGUCAUAGUUACGAUAGAGAAAAGUGCUUUUUCGAGAUAGAAAACUACAAGGCCUGCAAAAAGUUCUGGGGCGAAGUUGGUGCAUUCAGAAGAAGUCAAGGUACCUAUCCUGCAUUACCUCCUCUAGCAGAGCGUGAAAGAGUAAAGAGAGAAUAUUUGGCUUCAAAAAAGAAGCAAUAA